UACCACCCCUCCUCCUCUCCCUCUCUCCACACUCAGACUCCAUUACUCCCACUCAGCACACUGAGGUUUUUCCAGCCGAGCUCACCUUCACCAUCCGGGCCAUGUUUUGGUUUCACCGACUGUCCCUCGGCCUGCUGCUGCUCCACCUGGCUGCUACUCACGCAGUCUUCAUGGACGGCAAAGCAGCCAGCGAAGUUCUGACCCGGCGGAGACGAGCCAACAGCUUUUUAGAGGAGCUGAAACAAGGCAACAUGGAGAGGGAGUGCGUGGAGGAGCGCUGCAGCUGGGAGGAGGCGCGAGAGAUCUUCGAAAACCCUGUUAAAACUAAUGAAUUCUGGGCCAAAUACGUCGAUGGCGACGCAUGCGAGUCGAGGCCGUGUGCACAUGGAGGACUUUGCAAAGACGGAAUCGGUAGUUACAACUGCUACUGUGAGACCGGAUACCAGGGCUUCAACUGUGAAAUCGUUAUUCCUCAGCUCUGUGAGAACAAAAACGGUGGUUGCGAACACUUCUGCAGUGUGGUCAGAGGAAACAUUCAGUGCUCCUGCACCAGCGGAUAUUUCCUGGGAUCAGAUGACAAAUCCUGCCUCUCCAACGAGACCUUCAAGUGCGGAGCCCUCAUCACUGCAGACAUCCGGACUGUUUUCAGGUACCAGCGGGAGAACACCACACUGGAAAACCACAACAGGUCGAUGCUGACAGACCUCGACACCAACCGUAACAUCACCGUGCAGUACAUGCCGGACACUGGUAAUCUGUCAGAGCCCUCACUUCCUGACAAGAUUCUGAAGAAUCAGAUUUUGGAGGAACUCAUCACCUCUACAAAAUCAAUGAACACCCGCAUUGUUGGCGGAGAGGACUGUCCGCCAGGAGAAUGUCCAUGGCAGGCUCUCUUGAUGAGCGAGGACCACCGAGGGUUCUGCGGUGGAACCAUCCUCAAUGAAUACAUCAUUCUGACCGCCGCCCACUGCAUGAACCAAUCACGCUACAUGUACGUCAGGCUCGGUGAGUUCGACGUGCUGGUGGAUCACGGGAAUGAAGCUACGCACCAUGUGGAAACCAUCAUCACGAACAAUAAAUUCAGACCAGACACCUACCACAAUGACAUCGCACUCAUCAAACUGGCCUCACCCAUCAAGUUCUCCAGGUUCAUCCUGCCAGCCUGCCUACCUGAGCAGGAAUUUGCUGAAAAGGUCCUGAUGCGGCAGGCGGACGGUAUGGUCAGCGGUUUUGGACGUCUCGGCGAGGGUCGGCAGCCGUCCACCAUCUUGCAGCGGCUGACAGUCCCCUACGUGGAUCGCUCGAUCUGCAUGGAAUCCACCAAACUGCGCAUCACUCCUCGCAUGUUCUGUGCUGGCUAUGACACAAUAGCCAAGGAUGCCUGCCAAGGUGACAGCGGCGGACCGCAUGUGACACGAUACCACAGCACCUAUUUCGUCACCGGCAUCGUGAGCUGGGGCGAAGGCUGCGCACGCAGAGGCAAAUACGGCGUCUACACCCAAGUGUCCAAGUACAUCGAUUGGAUCCGUUUAGGCAUUGAGAGGCUGAUGCCCACAGGGAAGGGUGGCAGCAGGGUGAAGAGGCACCGCGGCCCCAUCGAGAGGCUGGUUCUGUAAGACAGCAGAUUCCUUUUCCAUCCACACUUUGUGCCUCUCGUGUAAUCAGUAAUUUUAUGUUCGAGACUCGAUGACACUUGUGGGGUUCCUCAGAGUUCACGUCUCGGUCCUUUAUAUUUGCUAUUUGGUUAAAGCUGCAAUAAUUCAUUUUAUGUCCAAAAAACUGUAAAUAAAACAUUUGAUAUAUUAAGUAGCUGUGGCUAACACAUUAGCCCACAGUAACCUACACAAGAUUCCACGAAAGACAAAAAUGUACAAAAAUAAGGACAUUAACAGCUGUUCAGUAUUUUCAACACGUGUGGAGCAGGAAAGACAAACAUGUCUGUAUUGUAUCAGAAAUGAAUAAAGAAUAAUACAACAGUG